AUGAGUCCCAUGAUCAUGGCUCGUAUUCUUACAAUUAUAACUUUGGUUUCAUUACAAUGUUUUGUAACUUUGGUUCAUUCAAAAGCCCAAGUUCAAAUCGGGUUCUAUUCGGACUCAUGUUCUGCGGCUGAAUCUAUUGUCAAACAGGAAGUGAGUAAAGCCUACUCGGAAGACAGGGGUCUUGCUGCCGGUCUCGUGAGACUGCAUUUUCACGAUUGUUUUGUGAGGGGUUGUGAUGCAUCGGUCUUAAUAGAUUCGACUCCUUCAAACCAAGCGGAGAAAGAUUCACCUGCAAAUAAUCCAAGUGUACGUGGAUUUAACGUCAUUGAUAGCGCUAAAGCCAGACUCGAAGCCUCAUGUCCGGGAAUUGUUUCUUGUGCUGAUAUAAUUGCAUUUGCAGCUAGAGAUAGCUUUGAAAUAACUGGUGGACUGGGGUAUGAAGUCCCUGCAGGGAGAAGAGAUGGCAGAGUAUCACUGAUCGCAGACACGAGAGCAUUGCCUCCGGCAACAUCUAAUCUUGCCCAACUCACUAAGUCGUUUUCAACCAAUGGGUUGACCCAAGAAGAAAUGGUUACUCUAUCCGGAGCACAUACUAUUGGCCGAUCACACUGUACAGCCUUUGCUAGCAGGCUAUACAAUUUCAGCUCCACCGUAAACCUGGACCCGAGUUUGAACCCGUUAUAUGCUAGCAAGCUAAAACAAGAAUGCCCAAAGGGGAGUAACAACGUGAAUUUGGUUGUACCCAUGAACCCUAGCUCACCAACCAUAAGUGACACAGGUUACUAUGUAGACGUCUUGAAUAACAGAGGACUAUUCACAUCAGACCAGUCUCUACUCACGAGCCAAUCGACAUUAAACCAAGUGCACCAGCAUGCUAUGAACCCGCUGGUUUGGAAGAUUAAAUUUGCAAAAGCAAUGGUGAAGAUGGGUAGGAUCGGUGUUAUUACGGGUCAACAAGGAGAGAUUCGAUCAAACUGCCGAGUGAUAAACAAAUAAAAUCAAGCAAGUAAACGUGAGGUGCUCAAUUAUUUUGAUCCCUAUGUGUACGUCUUUUCCUUCAAGUGUAUAAGCAGUUUGCAGUAUAAUCACUAAGAUAUCUUGAAUAA